UGCUAGCCAUAAUAUUUGUGCCCUUUUAGGACAAUUAAGAAGAAGAAGAAGGUCCAUAUAUUAUGGCUCCAGUUUCAUUGCCUCCUGGUUUUAGGUUUCAUCCCACAGACGAAGAACUGGUUGCUUACUACCUCAAAAGAAAGAUUAAUGGCCGUAAGAUUGAAUUAGAGGUCAUCCCUGAAGUUGAUCUCUACAAGUGUGAGCCAUGGGACUUACCAGGAAAGUCAUUAUUACCCAGUAAAGAUCUGGAGUGGUAUUUCUUCAGUCCUCGAGAUCGAAAAUACCCUAAUGGAUCCAGGACCAAUCGUGCAACUAAAGCUGGAUAUUGGAAGGCCACCGGAAAGGACCGCAAAGUAAACUCACAGACGCGCGCAGUAGGCAUGAAAAAAACCCUAGUUUAUUACCGGGGGCGGGCACCCCAUGGGAUUCGAACCGACUGGGUUAUGCAUGAGUAUCGCCUUGACGAGAGAGAGUGUGAAACUGCACAAGGCUUGCAGGACGCAUAUGCGCUGUGUCGUAUUUUUAAGAAGAGUGCAACGGGGCCAAAGAUAGGAGAGCAUUAUGGAAGCACAAGUACUACCAAUUACCAACUUACCAGUGAUCACUCAUCAAGCGUUGAACUGUAUUCUGACGGUGGAAGAUGUGAAGAUUUCGAAAGCUCCAGUUAUCCGAUGCAAAUGAACGCAUGCUCUUCUUCACCAAACUUUGUCCAUACAUCCUCACUUGACAUGGCUAGAAAAAGAGAUGGAAAAUGGACACAGUUUUUAUCUAAAGAUGCAUUUAAUUGCUCAUCCUCGUUUUCUUCAUUUCCCAAUCAUGGAAAUGUUCCAUACCCACCAUCUAAGGUUGAUAUAGCAUUGGAGUGUGCAAGGCUGCAGCAUAGGCUCUCACUUCCUCCAUUAGAAGUGGAGGAUUUCCCUCGAGUUGGACUCAACGACUUCAAGACGAUGCAAUAUUCAAAUCCUGCAGUUGAACCCACAAGUACUGAGACUGAUGCACUGCAGGAAAUUCUCUCAGUUGCACAUGUUUCUCAAGAAAUGAUCAAUCAGUCCAGUAAUCUUGCUGAUCAGACAUGGGGUGGAAACUAUGCUGCUCCGGCCAAUGACUUUAGCUUUAUUGUUGACAGAGAUGCUCAUUAUAAUCAGAUUACUGAUCACAUGAAUUCCAUGAGAUAUGUGGAAAAAUCAUGGGAAAAUCCAUAUACAAGGUCAAUCGAGAUUGGAGAUCUGGAGGAUGAUUUUAGGAUGGAGAAUACAGCUGAGAAUCUAAGAUGGGUAGGAAUAUCAGACAAAUAUCUGGAGAAGAGUUUCAUGGAAGAAAACAAGGUAGUUCCAUUAGAAAACAUUUCGAGUUUUCAAAGGGAAGAGCAAGAGCAUGAGGUUCAAGUUGCAGGAGAAAUUGGGGAUCAAAGUGGCAUGAUUAAGGAAUUCAACGAUAGCGAGACGAACGAUGAUUUCUCACUUGGAUUCAUCAAUGAAGACCCAAACGAUAACUUCCUCAAUGAUGGCACCAUGGAUGACUAUUCGCCUUCUCCAAGUUUCGAAGUCAUCGAAGAAAUUCAAGUUAACCAUGGCAUGUUUGUUUCGACUCGUCAGGUGGCCGAGACAUUUUUUCACCAGUUAAUGCCUUCACAAACCGUUAAGGUCCAUCUAAACCCAGCGUUGGGGCAAAACUUCUUUGUAGAGAGAGUCGAUACACAAACAAAAUGUGAGAAUAUAGGCUCUUUCUUUGAGAGUUUCAAGGCUUUUGGGAUGGACAAGUUUGUUGGAGUUAGCAAAUCCACAAAGCCAUGGAGGAAAGUUGCAAGCACUCUUGUUUGUGCAGUUACACUUCUGUUGAUGCACAUCAUUUAUUUUGGGCAACAUGUGGAAGAUGAAAAAUUGAUGGAUGCAUUCACCUCAACCACAACUGCUGCUAUUGUGGAAGAAAAAGGCAAUUCUAAUGUUAGCAAGAAGAAGAAAGGACUUGGAUUAAUUAAGUGGAGCAACAAAGAAGAAAAGGUUUGCUUGGUGAACAUAAGAGGUGGGAAUAGUUGUAGUGUGCUUCUGAAGAAGAUAGGGGUUUUCCUCACUGUUUCUUUGGCUCUUUGUACCAUGUGGGCUCUUUGAACUCACCAUUUUAUUUCGGUUCUAACCAUAGUUCGUUUGUUUGGGAGAGGGGGAUAAUUCAGCCUAACCCAUAGCUACAC